AUGUUCUCCCAGCAACCCCAGGAUCUGGUGGUGGUGGCGGGUCAACCAGUCACCCUGCCUUGCUCCAUUCCAGGAUACCAUGGCGUCGUGCUCUGGAUAAAGGAUGGGCUGGCACUGGGUGUUGGGAGAGACCUUUCAGGCUACCCUCGUUACUCGGUGGUAGGUGAUCACAGCUCCGGAGAACAUCACCUCCGCAUCCAGCGCGUGGAGCUGAUGGAUGAUGCUGUCUUCGAGUGCCAGGCCAUACAAGCGGCCAUGAGAUCGCGUCCUGCCCGCCUUACUGUGCUGGUUCCCCCUGACGACCCUGUGAUCAGCGGGGGUCCGGUGGUGAGCCUGCGAGCGGGUGAUCCCCUCAACCUGACCUGUCACGCUGACAACGCCAAGCCUGCUGCCUCCAUCAUUUGGAUUCGCAACGGGGAGGUCCUUAACGGGGCCAUGUACUCUAAGACGCUUCUUCGAGAUGGAAGGCGGGAGAGCACUGUCAGCACCCUCUACCUUUCUGCCACCAACAUUGAGACCGGUCAGCAGAUCAUCUGUAGGGCCUCCAACAAGGCAGUACCCAAUGGCAAAGAGACAAGCAUCACCAUUGACAUCCAGCACCUCCCACUGGUCAACCUGUCUGUGGAGCCCCAGCCUGUUCUGGAGGGGAACCUUGUCAAGUUCCACUGCUCUGCCAAGGCCAACCCACCUGUGACCCAGUACAGGUGGGCCAAAGGUGGCAACAUAAUCAAGGAGGUAUCUGGGGACACGUACGAAGUCGUCGUAGACCACUCCUUCUUCACGGAGCCUGUUUCUUGUGAGGUUACCAACCCCUUGGGCAGCACCAACAUCAGCCGGAACGUGGAUGUUUACUUUGGGCCACGGAUGGCAGCGGAACCACAGUCGCUGCAGGUGGACCAGGGCUCAGAUGCUGUGUUUAAUUGCGCCUGGACUGGAAACCCUUCUCUCACCAUCGUGUGGAUGAAGCGAGGCUCAGGGGUGGUUCUGAGCAACGAGAACAUCCUGACCCUGAAGGCCGUGAGACAAGAGGACGCUGGGAAGUAUGUCUGCCGUGCCGUGGUCCCCCGGGUGGGGGCCGGGGAGAAGGAGGUCACGCUCACUGUAAAUGGACCACCCACCAUCUCCAGCACCCAGACACAGCAGGCCCUCCAUGGAGAAAAGGGCCAGAUCAAGUGCUUCAUCCGCAGCACCCCCCCUCCAGACCGCAUUGCGUGGUCCUGGAAAGAGACGGUACUGGAGUCAGGUACGUCAGGCCGAUACACAGUGGAGACUGUCAGCACGGAGGAGGGUGUUAUCUCCACCCUCACUAUGAGCAAUAUUGUGCCCGCCGAUUUCCAGACCAUCUACAACUGCACGGCCUGGAACAGCUUCGGCUCCGACACGGAGAUCAUCCGUCUCAAAGAACAAGGUGGGAGGCAAGAGUCCCUCCCUGUUGCCGUCAUCAUUGGCGUCGCUGUUGGAGCCUUCGUUGCCUUCAUCGUCCUCAUGGGCACCAUCGGGGCCUUCUGCUGCACUCGGUCCCAGCGCAAUAAGCCUGCCUGUCCUCUCAAGUACCUCCAGUGUUCGUACAGAGCCUCAGAAGAUGCGCACCUGGCUAUGCCCUCUGUGCCCGUCUCCAUCUGUGCUCACCAGAGAGAACAUGCAAGCAAAAAUAAGACAGAAAAUCUCAAAGGGGUGGUAUCGGCGAAGAACGACAUUCGCGUCGAGAUCGUUCACAAGGACCACAAUGCAGCCCGGGAAAGCGAGGAUCAUGCAGCCAUCAAGCAGUUAAUGAUGGAACGGGGUGAAUUCCAGCAGGAGUCUGUCCUGAAGCAGUUGGAGGUUCUGCAGGAGGAGGAGAAGGAGUACCAGCACCUCAAGGAUCCAACAAAUGGGUAUUACAGUGUCAACACUUUCAAGGAACACCACUCAACUCCCACUAUCACCCUGGCAGGAAACCAGACCACAGAGAUGCGCAAUCCCACUUCUGCCACCACUGGCAAGCAGAGAGUGCCCACCGGCAUGUCCUUCACUAACAUCUACUCUACACUGGGAGCCGGGCCCAAUCGCCUGUAUGACUACAGUCAGCGCUUUGUCCUGGGCAUGGGGAGCAGCUCCAUUGAGCUGUGUGAGCGUGAGUUCCAGCGUGCUUCGCUCAGCGACUCCAGCUCGUUCCUGGAUGCGCAGUGCGAUAGCAGCGUGAGCAGCUACAGCAAGCAGGAUGGCUAUGUGCAGUUUGACAAGGAUAGCAAGGCAUCGGCCUCCUCCUCCUCUCACUACUCGCAGUCGUCAUCACAGAACUCCGACCUCACGCGACCCUUGCAGAAGCGAAUGCAGACCCACGUCUAG